UGUCAAUCCAAUUUCUUUCAUUUUGCUCGUGAUACAUAGGCUAUCUAAAAUUUGCCACGGUUGCAAUAGGGCUCAUGGCUGCUGGUCGCAGUUUCUUUGUCACAGGGUCUCCGGGAAUUGGAAAGACCACUCUUAUCGUCAAGGUAGUGGAGAAACUCAGGGCUACGCAUCCAAACCUCAAAGUUCAAGGCUUCUAUACCAAGGAAGUGAGAAAGGAGGGCGAGAGAGUUGGAUUCGAAGUCAUCGCUUUUAAUGGAGGACGCAAGGAAAUGCUAGCUUCGAUCAAUUCUCCAGGCCGGCUUCCUAUGGUGGGACGAUACAAGGUGAAUGUUCCUGGCUUUGAAGCUCUCGCAUUGCCCGAGCUAGAGCCACUGGAAGACACCCAGCUUUUUGUGAUCGACGAAGUUGGCAAGAUGGAGCUCUUCAGCCCAAAGUUUUUUCCUGCCGUGGAAGCAUUGCUACAGCGUCGUAAUGCUGUGAUCUUAGGCUCGGUUCCUAUCAAACAUUCAUCCAAAGAAGUGGAGAAGGUCGUGAGCUUUCCGGGGGUAGCAGUUCUCACACUUGACAAGAAAAACCGGGAUGAAGUUGCUGAAAAAAUAUACAAGGACUUGAGUGUUUUGCUUGGAUGAAACUUCGUUUCGUUUCGUAACCAGAGUUUGCUGUUAGAUUACUUUGAUCCUAGCUGCAAAAUCAUGUCCAGAGCUGUUAAAGUUAAGGACAAUAUCAAACCUUGUUGAGUGGUU